CUUGGGUUUAUUUAUUUGUGGAGCGCCUGGACGGCGGGGGUUGGAGGAGGCGGCGGCUGUGGCUGCUGCAGACGGUGGUUAAAAAAAGGAGGAGGAGGCGGCGGCGGCGAGGGAUGGGAGCGCCCAGGCUUCGGGGCGCAGGCCAGAGCUGCCGAGCUUUCCUGGGGCUGCGGGAGUACUGAGGAGAAAGGGGAACGUCCCGGGGGCCCACAGGCGACUCCAGAGGCGCGGGCUGGGGUCUUUUUGUUCGGCUGCGCUCAGCGCCCAGCAGCCAGAGCGGACAACUCCAGUUACAACAACAACCCACCUUCCAGCAGCCCGGCGAGACUUAGGCAGCCGCGUCCGUCCUAUUGUUUAGACACUUGCCUGGGGCUCCCGAGCGCCAGUCCCCUGCUCUCUGUCUCCGCCUUCUCUCCCCCCCACCCCACCUUCCUCCCGGGAACCGCCGGCGCCGAAAGCCUCCCCGAGAGGGGAAGGGGCUAGAAGCUAAGCGCUGCCUGGACUGCCGUCGCCGAGUCAGGUGCAGCGUCCGUGGCUAAACGGCGUCUCCACGUUCGCCACUGGACUCCUACCGUGACAGUGGGAGACCGGAUCCAACGCCUGGGGAAACUUCCUGCACUUUGAGGUUGAGGACCCACUUGCAGGAGCUGCCUGAGGGGUGGCUGAGAGGCCGUGCACCUCGGGACAUCGCUGUUGUUUCUUCUACCUGCGCCGUCAGGUGUGUGCGGCAGAGCUGCGGCGAAUACUGGAGACCAGAGCGGCUGACAAGAGCGCGGACACCAGACUGCCAGUCGGCUGUCGACUGUGAUCUACCUGGGUAGCAGAUCUCAUUCUCCCGCCUAUCACUUAGUAUACCCAUCAGGGCAUACUAGCAGCACUGGCAUCGCGGACACCUAGCCUUUGCUUUGCUUCUCCUGGCUUGCCUGGCUCCAAGUCUUGCCCCAGCCAGUUCCCACUCAAUCUUCCUAGGAGCUCUUGCUUUCCUAACUAAACUUGGCUUCCUGGAUUUCUGCAGAGGUGCGGACUAGUGGAUUUUUCUUCAAGGCUGCAGCGGUCCGAGUGCCCUUUUGUCUCUCCGUGUGACCUCAGGGGCAGGCCCUGGUGCAGAGCGUCGCCAAGGACGCCGGGAGGGAGGCGGGAUUGCCCAGAUAUCCUCCAGUGAAGUGCAUGUGUGUGUGCAAGACAUCCUUGGCUGUCGAGAGGCGGCGAAGACGGGUUGGGGCUGCUGCUGUGCUGCAGGAGUGGAAAGGCCCUGUGAGCUGAGCCCCGCAGCGCCGCCCGGCGCCCCCAGGGCUGCUUGAACACCCGGUGCGCCCCCGCGUGCGCCAUGCCCAGUCUUUCCGAGGGCUCUGCUCUGGACCUACCAGGGUCUUUCACCUUUUAGCUUGGGGAAACCCACUUUGAUCAGGGCCACCAUUACUAUCGAAGUCCCCUCCUCAGCCUUGCACUCUGCCAACUGGAAUCGGAUUUUCUAGAGGGUCCUUGGGGUCAGAAGUCCUCGCUCAUCCUCAGGCAACCGAUCCCUGCAUCUUUGCGGUCGUUUUGAGUAGGAGCUCUUUUACCGCCAAGUUGAAGACGCGCUCUGUCCUCACAGCUGCAUCGGGGUCCCCUCGUUGCCUAACCCGGGCCUAUUGAUAUUCAGGACCUGAAGUUGCCCACCGAUCUUCUGCUUCGCUCAAAAAGCGUGGAGAGUCAGGGAAAGGCGUGUGCUUCUGCCAGUUCUACUGCUUUAUAUUACUGUUCCAUAUUACUGCCUGUGCCCAGCGCCAGGCAUCCGAGCCUUGGACACUGCCCAGUUCUCACUCAAUAGAGAGCUAAAGAGAAGUCCCUCAAAGCAAGGAGCCUGUUGGGGAAGAUGAGCAGCAUUGGCUGGCAAACACUGUCCCUGUCGCUGGGGUUAGUGUUGUCGAUUUUGAACAAGGUGGCGCCGCAGGCGUGCCCGGCCCAGUGCUCCUGUUCAGGCAGCACGGUGGACUGUCAUGGGCUGGCACUACGCAGCGUGCCCAGGAAUAUCCCCCGCAACACCGAGAGACUGGAUCUGAAUGGAAAUAACAUCACAAGGGUUACGAAGACAGACUUUGCCGGUCUCAGGCACCUCAGAGUUCUUCAGCUCAUGGAGAACAGGAUCAGCACCAUUGAGAGGGGAGCCUUCCAGGAUCUGAAGGAGCUGGAGAGACUGCGUUUAAACAGAAAUAACCUUCAGUUGUUUCCUGAGCUGCUGUUCCUUGGGACUGCGAAGCUCUACAGGCUUGAUCUCAGUGAAAAUCAAAUUCAAGCAAUUCCAAGGAAGGCUUUUCGUGGGGCAGUCGACAUUAAAAAUCUGCAACUGGAUUACAACCAGAUCAGCUGCAUCGAAGAUGGGGCCUUUAGAGCGCUGAGAGAUCUAGAAGUACUCACUCUCAACAAUAACAAUAUUACUAGACUUUCAGUGGCAAGUUUCAACCAUAUGCCUAAACUUAGGACAUUUCGACUCCAUUCAAACAACCUGUACUGCGACUGCCACCUGGCCUGGCUCUCGGAUUGGCUUCGCCAACGGCCUCGGGUGGGCUUGUACACUCAGUGCAUGGGCCCAUCCCACCUGAGGGGACACAAUGUCGCAGAGGUUCAAAAACGGGAAUUUGUCUGCAGUGGUCAUCAGUCAUUCAUGGCGCCCUCCUGCAGUGUUCUGCACUGCCCUGCUGCCUGUACCUGUAGCAACAAUAUUGUAGACUGCCGAGGAAAAGGCCUUACUGAGAUCCCCACAAAUCUUCCUGAGACCAUCACGGAAAUACGUUUGGAACAGAACUCCAUCAGGGCUGUCCCUCCCGGAGCUUUCUCGCCAUAUAAAAAGCUCAGAAGAAUAGACCUGAGCAAUAAUCAGAUCUCGGAGCUUGCCCCAGAUGCCUUCCAGGGCCUGCGCUCUCUGAAUUCACUUGUCCUGUAUGGAAAUAAAAUCACUGAACUCCCAAAAAGUUUAUUUGAAGGACUAUUUUCCUUACAACUACUAUUAUUGAAUGCCAACAAGAUAAACUGCCUUCGGGUAGAUGCUUUUCAGGACCUGCACAACUUGAACCUUCUCUCGUUAUAUGACAACAAACUUCAGACUCUUGCCAAGGGCACCUUCUCAGCUCUCAGAGCCAUCCAAACUAUGCAUUUGGCCCAGAACCCUUUCAUUUGUGACUGCCAUCUCAAGUGGCUAGCGGAUUAUCUCCACACCAACCCAAUUGAGACCAGCGGUGCCCGUUGCACCAGCCCCCGCCGCCUGGCUAACAAAAGAAUUGGACAGAUCAAAAGCAAGAAGUUUCGUUGUUCAGCUAAAGAACAGUAUUUCAUUCCAGGCACAGAAGAUUAUCGAUCAAAAUUAAGUGGAGACUGCUUUGCAGACUUGGCUUGUCCUGAAAAGUGUCGCUGUGAGGGGACCACAGUAGAUUGCUCCAAUCAAAAACUCAACAAAAUCCCAGACCAUAUUCCCCAGUACACAGCAGAGCUGCGGCUCAAUAAUAACGAAUUUACAGUGUUAGAAGCUACAGGGAUAUUUAAGAAACUUCCUCAGUUACGUAAAAUCAACUUUAGCAACAAUAAGAUCACCGAUAUCGAGGAGGGAGCAUUUGAAGGAGCAUCUGGUGUGAAUGAAAUUCUUCUCACCAGUAACCGUUUGGAAAAUGUUCAGCAUAAGAUGUUCAAGGGAUUGGAAAGCCUCAAAACACUGAUGCUGAGAAGUAAUCGAAUAAGCUGUGUUGGGAACGAGAGUUUCAUAGGACUUGGCUCUGUGCGUCUGCUUUCUUUAUAUGACAAUCAAAUUACUACAGUUGCACCAGGGGCAUUUGAUACUCUCCAUUCCUUAUCUACACUAAACCUUUUGGCCAAUCCUUUCAACUGUAACUGUCAUCUGGCAUGGCUGGGAGAAUGGCUCAGAAAGAAAAGGAUUGUAACAGGAAAUCCGCGAUGCCAAAAGCCCUACUUCCUCAAGGAAAUCCCAAUCCAAGAUGUAGCCAUUCAGGACUUCACCUGCGAUGAUGGAAACGAUGACAAUAGUUGCUCGCCACUCUCUCGCUGUCCUUCGGAAUGUACUUGCUUGGAUACAGUAGUCCGAUGUAGCAACAAGGGCUUGAAGUUCUUGCCUAAAGGUAUUCCAAGAGAUGUCACCGAGCUGUAUCUGGAUGGGAAUCAGUUUACACUGGUCCCCAAGGAGCUCUCCAACUACAAGCAUUUAACACUUAUAGAUUUAAGUAACAACCGAAUAAGCACCCUUUCCAAUCAAAGCUUCAGCAACAUGACCCAACUUCUCACCUUAAUUCUCAGUUACAACCGUCUGAGAUGUAUCCCUCCACGAACCUUUGAUGGAUUGAAGUCUCUUCGAUUACUGUCUCUACAUGGAAAUGAUGUAUCUGUUGUCCCAGAAGGGGCCUUCAAUGAUCUUUCAGCCUUAUCACACUUAGCGAUUGGAGCCAACCCUCUUUACUGUGAUUGUAACAUGCAGUGGUUAUCCGACUGGGUGAAGUCGGAAUAUAAGGAACCUGGAAUUGCUCGCUGUGCUGGUCCUGGAGAAAUGGCAGAUAAAUUGUUACUCACAACUCCCUCCAAAAAAUUUACAUGUCAAGGUCCCGCGGAUGUUACUAUUCAAGCCAAGUGUAACCCCUGUUUAUCCAAUCCAUGUAAAAACGAUGGCACCUGUAACAAUGACCCAGUCGAUUUUUAUCGAUGCACCUGUCCAUACGGUUUCAAAGGGCAGGACUGUGAUAUUCCGAUCCACGCCUGUAUCAGUAACCCAUGUAAACAUGGAGGAACUUGCCAUUUAAAAGAAGGAGAGAAUGAUGGAUUCUGGUGUGCUUGUGCUGAUGGAUUUGAAGGAGAAAACUGUGAAGUCAAUAUUGAUGAUUGUGAAGAUAAUGACUGUGAAAAUAAUUCUACAUGUGUUGAUGGAGUGAACAACUACACAUGCCUUUGCCCACCAGAGUACACAGGCGAACUGUGCGAGGAAAAACUGGACUUUUGUGCCCAGGACCUGAACCCCUGCCAGCAUGACUCCAAGUGCAUCCUGACACCAAAGGGAUUCAAGUGUGACUGCACCCCAGGGUACAUUGGCGAGCACUGCGACAUUGAUUUUGAUGAUUGCCAAGAUAACAAGUGCCGAAACGGUGCCCACUGCACGGACGCGGUGAACGGUUACACGUGCGUCUGUCCUGAAGGCUACAGUGGCUUGUUCUGUGAGUUUUCUCCACCCAUGGUCCUCCCUCGCACCAGCCCCUGUGAUAAUUUUGAUUGUCAGAACGGAGCUCAGUGCAUCAUCAGGAUCAAUGAGCCAAUAUGCCAGUGCUUGCCUGGCUACCUGGGGGAGAAGUGUGAAAAAUUGGUCAGUGUGAAUUUUGUAAACAAAGAGUCCUAUCUCCAGAUUCCUUCAGCCAAGGUCCGGCCCCAGACGAACAUUACACUUCAGAUUGCCACAGAUGAAGACAGCGGCAUCCUCCUGUAUAAAGGUGACAAAGACCACAUUGCUGUGGAACUCUAUCGAGGGCGAGUCCGAGCCAGCUAUGACACCGGCUCUCACCCGGCUUCGGCCAUUUACAGUGUGGAGACAAUCAAUGAUGGAAACUUCCACAUUGUGGAGCUACUGACCCUGGAUUCGAGUCUUUCCCUCUCCGUGGAUGGAGGAAGCCCUAAAGUCAUCACCAACUUGUCAAAACAAUCUACUCUGAAUUUUGACUCCCCACUUUACGUAGGAGGCAUGCCUGGGAAGAAUAACGUGGCAUCACUGCGACAGGCCCCUGGGCAGAACGGCACCAGUUUCCAUGGCUGUAUUAGGAACCUUUACAUCAACAGUGAGCUGCAGGACUUCCGGAAAGUGCCCAUGCAAACCGGAAUUCUGCCUGGCUGUGAGCCAUGCCACAAGAAAGUGUGUGCCCAUGGCACGUGCCAGCCCAGCAGCCAAUCAGGCUUCACCUGUGAAUGUGAGGAAGGGUGGAUGGGGCCUCUCUGUGACCAGCGAACCAAUGACCCCUGCCUGGGAAACAAAUGCGUGCAUGGCAUCUGCCUGCCCAUCAAUGCCUUCUCCUACAGCUGUAAGUGCCUGGAGGGCCAUGGCGGUGUCCUUUGUGAUGAAGAAGAAGACCUGUUUAACCCCUGCCAGAUGAUCAAGUGCAGGCAUGGGAAGUGCAGGCUCUCUGGCCUCGGGCAGCCCUACUGUGAGUGCAACAGUGGAUACACCGGGGACAGCUGUGACAGAGAAAUUUCUUGUCGAGGGGAACGGAUAAGAGAUUAUUAUCAGAAGCAGCAGGGUUAUGCCGCCUGUCAGACAACAAAGAAAGUAUCUCGCUUGGAAUGUAAAGGCGGGUGUACUGGUGGGCAGUGCUGUGGACCUCUGAGGAGCAAGAGGCGGAAAUACUCCUUUGAAUGCACAGAUGGAUCCUCGUUUGUGGACGAGGUUGAGAAGGUGGUGAAGUGCGGCUGCGCGCGAUGUGCCUCCUAAUUGCAUUUCUGGCAGCCUCCAUCUUGGGCGAAGGUUGUACACUUGUUGACCAUGUUGGACUAAUUCAUGCCUCAUAAUGGAAAUAUUUGAAAUAUAUUGUAAAAUACAGAACAGACUUAUUUUUAUUAUGAUAAUAAAGACUUGUCUGCAUUUGGAAAAAAAUAAUAAAAGACACACUUGUACUAAAGCUUCCCCUACACUGGAAAAGUGUGAAGAAAUGCCACACUUGGAGGCAUUAGUGCAGCGGUGGGGACCAUUGCAACACGGAGCCAUCUCUGGAACAUGCUAAUACUAGCAGAAGCACAUAUGCAGGGGCCUAAAACGGGACUGUACACUCACAGGUGAUUGCCCAGAGCAUAAACCCCAUGACCCCCUUCCCUUCAGUGCAGUUCACAAGAACACUUCAAGCACAAGCAUCUCAAUGAGACUCUGAGGCAGGGGAAUGGAAAUCCAGAAUCUGUAGAGAGAGCCAAGGGAUGAGAAAUAUUUUGUGCAAGAUAGAGAGUGUCCUGACAUCUGGGUUUCAUUCAGAAGAGAAAUGGGUGUGGAGUGUUGAGAUGUAUUUUAUUGUCUUUGGCAAUGAUAGCAUAUCAGCAGAAACAGCACACGAAGGUGUUUAUCUACCACUUUCCAGUAUUAAAUUUUUGUAAUAUAAAUGAUAAAGCAGAUGAUAAAGAACCAAUAGAUUAUUGAUAAAUAAAAAAUUAGUAAUAAUAUGAAUUUUUGUUUCUAUGAGUUCUAAAUAGCCCUAUACAGUAUUCGUUUUCAACGAGGAAUAUUUAUUGUAUUAAAGUACAUUGUACUUAAUGAUUUAGGUCAUCACUUUGGACUGUUUCUCGAUGCUUUAAUAUAUAUUAAUUUAUAAUUAUCCUGAUAUUUUUGUACAUUUUCAAACUUUAAAAAAAUCAGGAUUUUUUUUGGCAAUAGAACUAACAUAGGAUGUUAUUUUGUUAUCUUGGGAUAGGUAUAUGUUGUUCCUUUGGCUGACCUUGACAUCUAACCACGGAUGUCACUGACCUGUGGUCUCUUUCUGGACACUUACAGAGGGUUUGCAAAGGCUGUGAGUAGAGACAGCAAGUGCACCCAUCUGCUACAUGUCCUCACAGGGAGAAGGAAAUUAUCUGUAGCAACGGACAAUAGGAAGUAGAUGUUUUACCAAUUAAUUAAUAGAUAUUUCCCUGCCAUGUUUUGGGGAAGGGGGAAGAAGAAAGACUGUUAUGUCAAAAACUGUAAUUUUUCUCCAAAUAAUAAAACUCCUUGAUUACCUUACUGCUCCCAUGUUAACAAGUUUGCUUCUAAAUUACAAUGUAGAGUUGAUAAUGAUUUGUAGUAGACUGUGCUCUUCCUUCAUGAAAACUCCAGGGUGCCCUGUGAAGAUGAAGAUGUUUCUUUAAAAGAAAAACCCUUUUUAACAAUGAGAAUUAUGCUUUGUCUUUCUCCAGACUAAUAUCGGUUGCACUACUGAUGUUUGUAAAUUAAAAAAUAUCUACUUCAUUAA